AUGACAUUUUAUCUGCCUAAUCUUACAGAUAUGAUGGACAGAUUCCUCAUGUUUCGCAAUGCUACUCGCCCCCUUUCCCGGUACUUUGUCACGCAAGGUUCUCGGACUCGUCAUUUCCAUAGGAUCACCACAGAUUUCAUCACCCAAGACACAACAGGCAACUUGGUCUUAAAAAAGGUUCCCGUUGUUAUCGGGAACCCCGGGGAAGCCUAUGUGUUGAUUUACCCAACCGUCGGAGAAGCCUUUCGUGAUGCAAGCUCUACGGCGCCGGCGCAAGACCGAUGUAAACUAUCAUUUUUCCACAACACACAACAUUUCGGUCUCGCAUCACCGAGUUAUCCUCGUCUCUAUGUCCCAGUCCAAUUUCUCCGCCAAUCGGAAUCUAACACAAGCCCUGCAACCAUUUUUCUGACCGGAAAGAUGUAUGAGAUUGUCAUAGAUGGAACUGAGGAUGGUACAGUUUCAACUCCUGCCCAGACAGCCGAAUUUGCCGAACACUCGAGCGCUUCUGGGCAGAACCUGAAGCCCGCCCUUGAUCAACUGGAACAUAUGUGA